AUGGCGCCUAAGAUCGACCCGAACGAAGUUAGGAUCAUUUACCUGCGUACGACCGGUGGUGAGGUCGGCAACCCCGCGGCGCUCGCCCCAAAGCUGGGUCCGCUCGGUCUGGCGCCUAAGAAGAUCGGUGAAGACAUUGCUAAGGCCUCGGGCGAAUGGAAGGGUCUACGUGUGACAGUUCAGUUGACGGUUCAGAACCGCCAGGCUGCCAUCGCGAUUGUUCCAUCUGCUUCAUCGCUGGUCAUCAAGGCUCUCAAGGAGCCCCUGCGUGACCGCAAAAAGACGAAGAAUAUCACGCACAGCGGCAACAUUCCUAUUGACGAGAUUAUCGAGAUCGCGCGGACGAUGCGCUACAAGUCGUUUGGUCGCACUCUCGCCAGCACGGUGAAGGAGAUUCUUGGUACUUGCCAGAGUGUCGGUUGCAAGGUGGACAAGAAACACCCACACGAUAUCAUUGAGGCCAUUGACGAGGGUUCGAUCGAGAUCCCUGAAGAGUAA